GCUUAAUGAUUCCACAUUUAUUCUGUCUUUACAUUGUAACUUUGUUUGUCUGUGACAAGCCUUCAUGCUUUCAUUUCUUUCUGGUUAUGACAGCAACAUAUUUACAGACCUGGUUGACCAGGGAAUAUCCUUAGCAACUACAAACAAUGAAGGACACCUCCUUUAACAGAUCUCUAUGAGUUUUGACAUCAUAGGUGUGGUAGUUAAAACUAUCUUGGAACGAUUCCCAGUGGCAGCUGGUUAUACUGCCUCCACCCCAGGUUGGAAUGCUUAGCAACCUACAAACUGAGAAACCUGUGGUGUCAAAAAAUAUAUUUACAAGUGCGCUCAUGUAUGAAUGUGUUUAAAUUCGGGAGUGGCUCAGGCGAGACACCUCAUCUGAGCAGACAGCUUUUGCCAGUCGACUGGGAACUAACAUGUACUGAAGUUGUCUGCGUGAGAAAUAUAACCCAGUGCCAACCAAAAAACUCAGUAUUGACAGAAGACAACACAUGAACGCAACUUCAUAGACCUUAAACUCUUGAGGAUGAGUGAACACUACAGAGAAAGCUACUAUGGAUCCUCGUCCUCAGACCUGAGAUUGGUUCUUUUGGGGAAUAUCGGGUGUGGAAAGACGGCAUUAGCAGACACUAUCCUGGCCCAGCUUUCCCCCAUUUCUCCCGGUGCCUCCAGGAGCUGCCAGCUACGGCAGGGCUUCAUUGAAGGCAGGAAUGUGACCCUGGUGGAGGCACCGAGAUGGUACUGGAGUGGUGGCAAGAUGGAGGACGGUGUCAAAAAGGAGACACAGCGAGCAAUGACUCUGGUACCACCAGGCCCACAUGCUAUUUUGCUGCUGGUGCCUGUUAACCAAUUCACAGAGGUGGAGACACGUGUGCCUGCAGAGUUGGAGGAAUUGUUUGGACAGGAGGUGCUGGACCACACCAUGGUCAUGCUGACCUGUGGGGACUACUUGAUGGGAAAAACAGUGGAGGAGUACCUGCAGAAAGAGCACCCAGGCCUGAGGCAGGUAAUUGAGGGUUGCGGAGGACGGUACCAUGUCAUCAAUAAUCGACAGCGACAGGACAGGGACCAGGUCCGUGAGCUGCUGGAAAAGGUGGACAAUAUGGCGCGGAAAAACGGGUUAUACUACAUGAAAACAGCCCAGGACAGAGAGCUGGAAAAACGGGUGAAAGAAAAAAAGGAGCAACUUAUGGAAAGUUUCAGGGCUCAAAAGGAAGAGAAGAAAAAGACCCACACAUCAUCUUAUACCCCAAACACAGAAAGUCAAGAGGAAGAGUACUUCAAUGCCAUUUCAAGAGAGAGAAGGAGGAGACAAGAAGAAAAGGAGGGAAUGGUGGAAGGAGUUAAGGUGAGCCAGGUGUCCAAUGAGUAUGUCAGUGCCAUAUCAACAGAAUCAAGGAGGAGAAGAGAAGAAAUGGAGGAAAUGGUGGAAGGGGUUAAGGUGAGCCAGGUCUCCAGUAGCCUUUAUUCAACUCCAGCUCUAGAGCGACAGCCAUCCUCUGAGCUCUGUGAUACCGGGGAGUUAAAAAGGACACCCAGUUUCAAACUGAAUCAAGAUGGAGCUAUACUCUCACAAAUGUCAGAGGGUAAAUCAACUCAAAAAGUGAUCUCUACUUUUCACCACAGAAUUAACAGCUUUGAAGAGAGAUCCCCCGAGGUUUCGCCUACCACUACUCCUUAUUCGCCAGUCUUCUCCUUUUCCCUCCCCUCUUCACCAUCUUUUGCUGCCUCUCCUUCCUUGAUCUCCUCAUCCAGCUCAACCCCUUCUUCCCCCUCAUUGUCCUCAUCCUCAUCUUCUCCGGAGCUUCGCCUGGUGUUGCUUGGAAGAUCUGGAUCAGGGAAGAGUGCAGCUGGCAAUGAAAUACUGGGGCAGGAAGCCUUUGAGUCACGUCCAGACAGCCUCAUAGCAAUCACACAAUGGUGUGAGAAAAAGAAGGCAUUGGUUAAAGGAAGAAAGGUGGCAGUGGUGGAUACUCCAGACUGGUUCAAUUCAGAGCGCACUCCAGAUGAGGUGCGAGCUCAGAUCUCCUCCUGUGUGGCUCUGUCCAGUCCCGGCCCGCAUGUCUUCCUCUUUUGUGUUCCCUUAGACCAGCCUGCAAAGAACGAGCUGCAGGCUCUUGCGUCACUAGAGGCUGUUUUUGGACCUGAAGCAGUCUGGAGACACACUUUGGUCCUCUUUACUUAUGCUGAUCGUCUCAGGGCAAGUGGGAAGGCCAAAAAUAACAACAUUGAGGCAUACAUUGCUGGUCAGCGAGGAGAUUUGUUAAAGAUUGUGGAGAAAUGUGGGGACAGAUUUCAUGUUUUGGAGACAGAAAGAGGUGGUGGAGAGAGGAGCAAUGUUGCCGACCUGCUAGAAAAGGUGGAGCAGACAGCGAAGGAGGCCGGGGGGCAGUAUUAUUCUUGUCCUGCUUUUCAGGAGGCUGAGAACAGAGUGAGGCAGAAACAGCAAGAGAUGGCAAGAGAGAAACGAGGCGAAAACCUAGCAAGAGUAGAGGAUGUUGGCCCACUCAGCUCUGAAAGGCGAAAGCUUUAUCCUUACAUGCAGUCUGUUUCUGAGGUAGACGAGGAAGUGACGGAAGAUGAUAUUGAGAAAACAAGGGAUGAGGCCGAGAUGAGUGUAAGUACUAUGAAUAUUGAGAGUCUUCCUCCAAUUACACUUUCGACCAUAUCCCCUUCACUACUUAGUUCCAUAAUGGAGAAGAUGAGCACGGGUGCAAAGAAUUUACCCAAGCUGUUGGCAGAUAGCUCUGUGUGGGUUGGAGAGGGAGCACAGAGGAUGAAAGAUAGUGGAAUGUGGGAAAAAGUUGGCACUAGUGCACAAAGCGUCCAAAAGAUGGUGGUUGAUAGUUCUGUGUGGGAGAAGGUAGGAGUUACUGCAGGAAAUCUCUCCAAAGCAGUAGGAAAUAAAGUUCCCAGGGUAGUGGUAGAUGGUUCUGCAUGGGUGGGAUCUGGGGCAAAAGCAGCGGCUGCAAGUCCAAUGUGGGAAAAAGUGGGUUCAGGGGCCAAAGUCAUGGCAGAGAGUUCCAUGCGUGUCGGAGCUGGAAUUGGAGCUGGGGCAAAGAAUUUGGCACAGAGUCCCGUGUGGGGAAAAGUAGGCUCUGGAGCCAAGGCAGGGGCCAAAAUGGUGGCUGAGAGUUCAGUGUGGGAGAAAAUUGGAAAUACAGCUAAACAGGUGCCCAAAGUAGUCAUUGGCGGGGCAUUGCUGGGUCUGGUGCUCGGUGUGCUUUUGGGCGGUGUGAUUGGCGGAGCUGUUGGGGCAGCUGCUGGAUCUGCAGUAACAGAGGUGGGCAGGCGAAAACUCAGCAAGAGAAGCACAACAGAAAAGACAGAAGACGCUGCAAGAAAUGUUGACAGAACAGUAAACAAGAACAUUGACGCAGUGAGAAAACAGGGAGAGAAAUUUUUGAAAACUGAAUGAAGGACUGACAGAUGUUUGUAUAUAAAAUGUAUAGCAAAUGUAAAAGUGCUUUUUUUCUUGUGAAAUAAUAUUUUCAGCAAAUGAAAAAAGGCUUUUUGACUGCUGUGUAAUUUUUGAGGCAUAAAAUACACUUUAAAAUGAAUUUGAUUUGAGACGAUUAUAACUUCAGCUUAUCGCUACAUGUUUUAUUGAGACACUCGAUAAGUACAGAUGAGUGUGACAUGAAUUACACAUAUUGAUAUUAAAGCAAUAAUAUAUAAAUGAAAAUACUUUUCUGAAUGUUGAUACAUGUUUGCAAGACAUCAAAAUAUGCAAAGGAAUAAUAAAAAGUAUGACUAUUUUUGAUAAUGUCAAAAGUAAUGAUUUAACAAAACGAGUGACUAAAAAGAAUAUUAAAAUCUGUAUAUUGAUGAAAAUUCUGUAAAUUAUACCCUGAAUUGGUCACAGUGUUUUUUGAUUAAAAGUUGUCAUCAGAAA